AGCGCGAGCGUAUAUGUGUGUGCGCGCGCGCGUUCGAGCGUGCCCGUGCGUGUGUGUGUGUGCGCGCGUAUGGGAACCGAGGAGCGAAUCUAACCCUUCCGUCUCGCGCAUAUAAAGCAAACCCCCCCCACCGCCACCACCUACCCCCUCCUACCCACCACCACCACCACCAUCACCACCAAACACCACCACCACCAACAAAACCCACCGAGACGAAUGCGAGCUUGGACGCGGCGGCGGACUCCACACUCGCCCUGACCUCUCCUCCCUGCUGCACGAGGUAAAGGUUCAUUUGUCACCCAUCGCAGAAUGAUGAGGCAUCCCAAGGUUUCCUCAUACCUCUCAAUGGGGCUCCAGUAUCUGGUGAUCGUGGCGAUACUGCUCACCAACAUCCACCGUGUAAUGGCGGAGAAUGUGCAAGACCACAGCUCCAACCAUAACACUUCUGUCAAUAAAUCGGAUACCUGUGGGGGCUCCACUGAGUGCAAACCUGGCGUUAUUCUACCAGUGUGGGAGCCCCAGAACCCCUCGUUUGGGGACAAGGUGGCACGGGCCACGGUCUACUUUGUGGCACUGGUGUACAUGUUCCUUGGAGUGUCAAUCAUCGCUGAUCGCUUUAUGGCAUCGAUUGAGGUGAUCACCUCGCAGGAGAAAGAGAUCACCAUUAAGAAACCGAAUGGAGAAACAACAACUACCACUGUACGCAUUUGGAAUGAAACGGUGUCCAACCUUACUCUCAUGGCCCUGGGUUCCUCUGCACCAGAAAUUCUACUGUCUGUCAUUGAAGUGUGCGGACAUAACUUCGAAGCCGGCGACCUUGGGCCCGCCACCAUUGUCGGCAGUGCCGCCUUCAACAUGUUUGUGAUUAUUGGGCUCUGCGUCUAUGUGGUUCCAGAUGGGGAGCAUCGCAAGGUCAAGCAUCUCCGUGUGUUCUUUGUCACCGCCGCCUGGAGCAUCUUCGCCUACCUGUGGCUCUACCUGAUUCUGGCUGUCAUCUCACCAGGUGUUGUCCAGGUUUGGGAAGGCCUCCUCACCCUGUUCUUCUUCCCCAUCUGUGUGGUCUUCGCCUGGAUAGCUGACCGCCGUCUUCUCUUCUACAAGUACGUCUACAAGCGCUACCGGGCCGGCAGGCAGCGUGGCAUGAUCAUUGAGACUGAGGGUGAUCGUCCGCUUCCAUCUAAAGUGGACAUUGAAAUGGACGGGAAGAUGCUUAACUCCCAUGCUGUUGACUUUCUGGACGGGACCCUGACGCUGGACCUGGAUGACAAGGAUCUGGACGAGGAGGAGGCCAGGCGGGACAUGGCGAAGAUCCUGAAGGAGCUGAAACAAAAGCACCCAGACAAAGAAGUUGAGCAGCUGAUUGAACUCGCUAACUACCAGGUACUCAGCCAGCAGCAGAAGAGCCGUGCAUUUUACCGCUGCCAGGCCACACGGUUAAUGACGGGUGCCGGCAACAUUCUGAAGAAACACGCGGCGGACCAGGCCCGAAAGGCGGUGAGCAUGCAUGAGGUGCGCAGUGACACCGGUGAAAACGAUCCCAUUUCAAAGAUCUUCUUCGAACCUGGCUCAUACCAGUGCCUGGAAAACUGCGGAACCGUGGCUGUAAAUGUGAUCAGGCGUGGCGGUGACCUCAACCAGACGGUGUCUGUCGAUUUCCGCACUGAAGAUGGCACAGCAAACGCCGGCUCGGACUACGAGUUCACUGAGGGCACUGUUGUUUUCAAGCCGAGUGAGACACAAAAGGAGAUCCGUGUUGGAAUCAUUGAUGAUGACAUCUUUGAGGAGGACGAAAACUUUCACAUCCACCUCAGCAAUGUCCGCGUUCUUCAUGAAGGGGCCGAGCCUGACACCACUGAAGCCAAUCACGUGGACACCAUUGCGAGUCUUGGCGUGCCCUCCACCGCAACCGUCACUAUCUUUGACGAUGACCAUGCUGGAAUCUUCACAUUUGAAGAGCCUGUGACCCAUGUCAGUGAGAGCGUAGGUGCAAUGGACGUGAAGGUGCUCCGCACAUCUGGAGCUCGCGGUGUUGUUAUGGUACCCUACAAGACCGUGGAAGGCUCGGCCAAAGGAGGUGGCGAGGACUUUGAGGACACCCAUGGUGUGCUGGAGUUCCAAAAUGAUGAAAUCUUGAAGACGAUAACGGUCAGGGUUCUCGAUCGAGAGGAGUACAAUAAGCAGUGCAGCUUUUAUGUAGUGCUCCAGACACCGCAGUGGAGGAGGAGAGGACGCACAGAACACAGAGAGGAAGUGAAGGAGGGGGGAAAGGAAGAGGAGGAGCCUCUGACAGGGGAGGAGGAAGAGGAGCGGCGCAUUGCGGAGAUGGGCAAACCCAUGCUGGGAGAACACGUCAAACUGGAGGUCAUCAUUGAGGAGUCCUAUGAGUUCAAGAACACUGUUGAUAAGCUGAUCAAAAAGACUAACUUGGCUCUGCUGGUUGGCACCAAUAGCUGGAGAGAUCAGUUCAUCGAGGCCAUUACAGUCAGCGCUGGUGAGGAUGAUGAUGAUGAAGAGUGCGGAGAGGAGAAGCUGCCCUCCUGCUUCGAUUACGUCAUGCACUUCCUGACCGUCUUCUGGAAAGUCCUCUUCGCCUUCGUGCCGCCCACUGAUUACUGGAACGGCUGGGCGUGCUUCGUCGUGUCCAUCUGCAUGAUCGGAAUCCUCACCGGGUUCAUCGGGGACCUGGCCUCGCACUUCGGCUGCACCGUGGGCCUCAAAGACUCAGUGACCGCCGUGGUGUUCGUCGCACUGGGCACUUCGGUACCAGACACCUUCGCUAGUAAAGUGGCCGCCAUCCAGGACCAGUAUGCGGACGCCUCCAUCGGCAACGUGACGGGCAGCAACGCGGUCAACGUGUUCCUGGGCAUCGGCGUGGCCUGGUCCAUCGCAGCCAUCUACCACCAAUCCAAGGGCAAGGAUUUCCAGGUGGAGCCGGGCAACCUGGCCUUCUCGGUCACCCUCUUCACCAUCUUCGCCUUCAUCUGCGUGGCCACGCUUAUGUACCGGCGCCGGCCGGACAUCGGCGGAGAGCUGGGCGGCCCACGGACUGCCAAAGCGCUGACCACCAUGCUGUUCGUCAGCCUUUGGCUGAUCUACAUCCUCUUCUCCUCACUUGAGGCUUACUGCCACAUCAAGGGCUUCUAAACACACACCUACGCACAUACAUACACACACGCAUACACACACAUAAACGCACACACAUACACCAAUACCCAUACAGAGAUAUGUACACUCACCUCGCAUAUGUACACACAGGUUAAACAUGAAAAACAACAACAAACAAACAAACAAAACAGAAGCGGAAUGAGUAAAGACUACACGGAUGAGAAGGAAGCAACAGCGGCCAGAACUCUGCUAACCUGCUUUUAUAGUUCUGUUUGAUUUUUUGUUUGUUUGGGUUUGUGUUUUUUGUCUCCUCUCCAACAUUUGAUGUUCCUCUUGAAAUGCCUGAAGGACUGAAUGUGAUUGGACAAUUGCUGGCUGGUCAAGACAUCACAUUGGCUGUGGGUGGAGGACAUGAAGUACAGGGACUCUUAAAGGAAAACUCUGUUGUCUUAAAAUGUGAUUUUUUUCAGAAUUUUCACAGAUUUGUUUGGUGUUUUUUGUGAAAUGAGUGCUUCUAAAGUAAGAUUCAGUGCAAACGUUACCUCCGAUAGGUUUCCACAGGUUGUAGAUCAAGACAGUAUUUUCUUUUUGAACUAAUGGGGCAGCACAACAUUCUCCAACAGUUGUGCUGCCAUUUCCUUCUUGUAGUACCUGAUAAAGAACAGAACGCAUGUAAUCAUAUAACUUGCUUGGGACUAUUUACUGUUCUGCUCGUCUUUGAAUGUUGUGGGUAGUGGUUUAGUGGUCUGCGCUCCAUCACCUUCCAUGUCUAUGCCCCAAAUGGGGGUCAAUCCUCGUCAUAUCUUACUUUAGAAGCGCAUAUUUUGCACCAACAUUGUUCUAAAUUACUUUAAAAGCUUGCAAAAAUGUUUUUGGAGAAACUGUUGGAAUAUCCUUUAUGUGUAUGAUGAGUAAUAAUCAAACUUUUGAUGACAAGCCAAUACAAAACCAGCCCAGUAGUCAGGAAAUAUCAGAUUUGCAGUCCCUAUAUGAGAAUGGACUUCUGGGAAAUGUAGUUCUGAUGACUGUAUAUAUUACAAGGCUUGAGACCUUUAUGAUUACAUCUUCAAGUACAUCUUGUGGAUGACAUGCUGUACACGUGUCCACAGAGCACCAGAAAACAGCAAAAAGUGCACUAUUGCGGGAAUGUAGAUCGACAGGCUUUCUUUCAGAGAGAUCAGGCCCAUUUCCUGCCGUCAUGUUGAAGCCAUUUUCAGCUCCUAGUUGCUGGUGUGCUGCUGAUAAUCGAUUAGUCUGUGACAGAGUCUCAUCAUGAUAAAAACUGUGGCUACCAUGAGACCGGGUACAUUGUGUAGGCCAGUUGUCUACAGUCCCAGCCCUAGGGAAGCCCCGCUUAGUAUUUCCCCUACUCAAACACAUCUUAUCCAGCUAAUGAAGGGCUUGUUUGUUAGCUGAAGAGUUGAACAAGGUGUGUUUGAAUGACGGAAAAUAGUGCUGGGACUGAGGCUGCUGUAAUUUAAGUAACAGGACAGAAGAUUGUGCCACAGACUGAGCAAUAGAAGUCUUAUCUGACUAAAACUCUAAGAGAAAACUGCUAAAACAACACCACAGCCAGUCCAGGACAAGCUAUUGUUUUAACAGAGACUUCAUGGUAGACGCACAUAUCGUUAUUCGGUGGGCUCUGGUGACUAAAACUGGUCUGGUUAGGGAACGUCCUGUUUGGAGCUUUGAAGAAGUAAGAUAAGGCACAGGGCUAGUUUACCUGCUGGCCUGUCCCGUACAGCUAAACAGUUUUCAUCCUUUCUCCUCGGUCACUGUAGAGCAAUGCUGUUUUUAGCAAAGGCACACAAUCAAACCGAAUGGUUUCAAUGUAAUAAUACUGUGCAAAUCAAGAUUAGCGAAUGCUUGGUGGUGAGCCUGUACAAGUCAAACGUGUCCGGACAUUUUAGUAACUUAAACACACUACAAUAAAUGAAAUAGGAAGCUUAUCAAUGCUACAACAGUAGAGUGAAGGUAUUUCCAGGCCUUCCCCGGGAGAGCUACCCUCCUGCAGAGUUUAACGCUAGUGCUAAUCAAACGUAGCUCGCUCCUGAAGACCUUGAUUAGACCUUUCAAGAGCACAGUUGGAGGUAUCUGUGUUGGCGUGUGUGCUAAACUACUCAGUGAGGUCUGUAGUAAAUACAUCAGGGGUGCAUCCUUAGGGAAGAGAGCACUGCAUACCCAAGUCUAGAACUAGCUGAUGGACUGAAUGCUGUGUCCAAUCCAACUAAAUUUAGCCAAAUCUUCCUACCUGGUUCUGCUAAAAAGUCCGGGAUUCGCUGAAUGAAGUGUUAGAUUUGAGCUGGGGGUGAAACCUGGAGGAAGACAGAUCUCCAGGAGCAGGGUUCAGGAUCAUUGGUCCACCUCCUUGUUUCCCAAAGUUGUCCCUAGGAACCUCUAGAUGGUUCACAGUUUUGCUUUGUCCCAGCUUCUGUCUCCCUCGCAUCAACUAGUCAGUGUUCUUGAUUGCUUGGUUCGGGUGUGUUGGAAGCUGUGGCAAGAAGCAAAGCUGUGGAGAUGGAGUUCCCUGGAGAAUGGAUCGGGAACCACUGGUCCACACAUUGGGCACCCUUCCUCGUGAAAGACUGAUUGGUGAAACUAUGGGCAAGAUUCCUACAUGCUUUAAAAAUGAAGGUGCCCAAAUGGGCUCUUAGGAGCGACCAGUGAUUCUCAAACCAGUCGUCAAAGCCCACCAGAAGGCCCUUUCCAAUGUCCCAACAUGUAGAAAUAACGAUAAAAUGUGGACUGUCUGGGGGCACCCUGCGUACUGGUUUGAGAAUUACCGCCACUUUCUGUUCACCAAGGAACCUUUCAGUCGAUGGAUCUUUAAAGAAGAUUUUUUGUAAAUGACGUGGAAGCAUGAAGAACCUUUUUAAAGUAUAAAGUACGUCCACACGAUGUAGGUUUUUCUUAGAACCAAGUACCAUUCCUUUUAAGAGUGCAGUUGCUGAAGUUCUUGAAGGAUCUAAGCUGAGUUUCAGGGUUAGAGAGUUGAAGGUAAACUCCUGACUUUUGCUGAGGAGCCAGAUACGAUGCAGCAGGCCCUUGACCGAUGGGUUUUCCACCGGUUUUUCCGUCUGGCCCUGCGCAUCGCAUCAAUUGCUUGCAUUCCACUUCUCCGACUGCCGACUUCAGAACAAGAGUUUACACUGACGACUGUUACCGUCUGUCCAGACACCCAAACAUAAACGCACGCAUAUAAAACAUGACCUUGCAAAACACAUGAUAGUCGGUAGCUACGGUCUCACACAUUUACUCAGUCAUACACGCACACACAUACACACACAUUUUCAUCUGUGUGGAGUUUACGAGGGCGCGUGGUCCCUCCAGUCCUGCUGAGAUUAUUUCAUAACCUGCUGCGUAUUUGGACGUGUAAGGCAAACACUGCAGAUUAGCCGGGAUUUUAGAAGCAACAACUUUAGACGUAGUCCGGUUUUAAAGUCGUAGAUCUAGUCUGGAUAUGACACCAAACAUCCUUAGAAUAGCUUGGUUUUUAAAAAAAGCUAGAAAGAAGAUUUCAGAUUAGAAUGGCUUUAAACAUCAAGAAAAAAGGGACA